AUGAACAGUGACCAAGGAUUUAAAUGUGUUUUUAUUGCUGCUGUUGUUUUAUUAAACACUUAUCAGUCUUAUUACAGUUCAGUGCCAAAGAACUACCAGCACAUCCUGGCCUUAGCAUUUGCUGUGAAAGAGAUCAAUGAGAAUCCAAACAUCUUACCAAAUAUCUCUCUGGGGUUUCGCAUCCUCAAUAGCUACUAUAGUGCAAGAAUGACCUAUAAAGCCACCCUCAGCCUUCUUUCCGCGCAACAUAGAUUUGUCCCUAACUUCAAAUGUGACAACCAGUACAACCUGGCAGUUCUCAUUGGAGGUUGUAUCUCUGAAAUUUCUGCCAAUAUGGCGGUCAUUUCAGCAAUCCACAAGACUCCACAGCUCACUUAUGGAUCAUUUUUGCCAGUGCAGGGUAUUAAAAUGCUAUUCCCAUUUUUAUACCAAAUGGUCCCAAAUGAAGCCAAACAGCACAUAGGAAUUGUGAAGUUACUUCAGCAUUUCAGAUGGACGUGGAUUGGGCUUGGUGCUGUGGAUGAUGACAAAGGGGACAGAUUUUUAGAGACAAUUUUACCAAUACUUUCUGAGAAUGGUAUCUGUUAUGACUUCAUAUUAAGACUAGCAAAAUGGAAUUAUCUAGAUGAGAUGAUACGCUUGGCUUUAGAGAACUGGGAAAGUUAUGCAGUUGUCUUUGAGAGAAAAGUCAAUGUAUUCUUAGUUUAUGGAGAGCCACCAUCCUUUCAGGUUGCGAGAAUAUUGCUGUUUAUAGCACCUGUAAUGGGAUGGCCACCUCUGGGUAAAGUGUGGAUUAUUACAUCCCACUGGGAUUUUGCAUCAGUGUCCAUUCAGAAGGAUUGGAAUAUAGAAACCUUCCAUGGUUCCAUAUCCUUCACAGUUCACUCAAAUAAACCAUUAGGGUUCCGUAAGUUUAUUCAGAUGUUACAUCCUUCCUGGGCCAAAGGAGAUGUUUUUAUACAGGACUUCUGGGAACAGGCAUUCAGCUGUUCAUUACAAAUAUUUAAGGGUCAGGAGGAGAAGCAGAAGAAAACAUGCACUGGGGAGGAGGAUGUGGAGACCCUUUCUGGGAUUUUGUUUGAAACACACAUGACUGGCCACAGCUACAAUGUUUACAAUGCUGUUUAUGCUGUGGCACACGCUUUGCAUGCCAUAUACAAAUCCAGCUCCAAACAUAGGGGAGAAAGAGAGAGGUUGUCCUUUCAGAAUGUGCAACCAUGGCAGUUCCAUCACUUUCUAAGGAGCAUCAUAUUCAACAACAGUGCUGGAGAUAUUGUGCACUUCGAUAAAAAUGGAGAACUAGUUGCAGGUUUUGAUGUUACAAACUGGAUGAUCUUUCCCAAUGGUUCAGUAGUGAGAGUCACAGUUGGAAGAUUGGAACCUCAGGCUCCUUCAGGCAAGGAGUUAAUUAUUAAAGAUGAACAGAUUGUGUGGCAUCAAAGCUUUAAUCAGGUGCUGCCUGUUUCUCUGUGCAAUGACUACUGCUAUCCUGGUUACCACAGGAAAAAGAAGGAGGGAGAGAAAUUUUGCUGCUAUGAUUGUGCUCCAUGUCCAGAAGGGAUGAUCUCUGGCCAGAAAGAUAUUGAUGCCUGUCUCAGUUGUCCAGAAGACAAGUAUCCCAACAAGGUCCAUAGUCAAUGCAUUCCCAAAGUUGUAAGCUAUCUCUCUUACAAAGAAAAUUUAGGGAUCAUCUUGCUUAUGAUGGCUAUUUCUUUCUCCUUGAUCACAGCUUUAGUACUCAGAAUUUUUGUGAAGCACAAGGACACUCCCAUUGUCAAAGCCAACAACCGGACACUCACCUACAUUCUCCUCAUCUCCCUCCUCCUUUGCUUCCUCUGCUCCUUGCUGUUCAUUGGACAGCCUGGAGAGGGUAUCUGCCUUCUCCGACAAACAGCCUUUGGUAUCAUCUUCUCUGUGGCCCUUUCCUCUGUGUUGGCAAAGACCAUCACUGUGGUUCUGGCAUUCGUGGCAACCAAACCAGGAUCCAGCAUGAGGAAAUGGGUGGGGAGAGGACUGACAAAUUCUAUUUUCCUUUCCUGCUCAUUCAUUCAAGCUGGAAUUUGUGCUCUUUGGUUAAGUACUUUCCCUCCAUUCCCAGAUAAGGACAUGCACUCAGUGAAUGAUGAAAUCAUACUCAAAUGUAAUGAGGGCUCAGCUUCUAUGUUUUACUGUGUCUUGGGCUAUAUGGGUUCCCUGGCCAUAAUAAGCUUCAUUGUGGCUUUCCUCGCAAGGAAGUUACCUGACAGUUUCAAUGAGGCCAAGUUCAUCACUUUCAGCAUGUUGGUUUUUUGUAGUGUUUGGUUGUCCUUUGUACCAACUUACCUGAGCACGAAAGGAAAAUACAUGGUGGCUGUGGAGAUCUUCUCCAUCUUGGCUUCUAGUGCUGGGUUACUGGGUUGCAUCUUUUGCCCUAAAUGCUACAUCAUUGUGCUAAGACCUGAGCUAAACAACAAGGAGCAAUUAAUGAGAAGAAAAGAUGAAAGAAUAUAA